AUGCGUGGCUCCACGUCUCGCUUCCCCUACGACGAUAGCCACGAUCUUCGACCGGUCUUCGUUCGGGAGAGCGCCGAUCGUAGGCGGAAUCCGUAUCUCGAUCUAGUCUAUCGCCAGAUCUGCCCCGACGGAGCGGGGACCGAUGGGGCGAGCGGCGCCUCUCACGAUGUCGGCGGGGGUUCAGGCUUUUCAAACUCGGGUGAGUGCUUCGCUCGUCGGUUGCGUCCCGAUCGUCGCGAUUUUUUCGUCGAGAUGAGGGCGAUGGCGGGCUCCGGCUUCGAGGGCGUUUGGCAAAUGCACCACCUCCGGCGCCGGGAGAGCGGCGAGAGCUCUCGCGUGAUCGCGUUCGUGUUUGUUGCCGGUUGUCAAAAAAUCGCGGUGAUCGAUCUCGUCCCCGAUGCUUCUCGCCGCGGCUCACGGACCGUCUAUGGGAGCGAUGGUUAUUAUCUUCGCGCGAGCGCCUCCUAG